AAAUUUUGUAUAACAAUGCAAUAGAUUCAAAUCAAACGAAAUUCCUCCUCAAUUAAGAAAGAGUAAGCUAAACCUCAAUAUGACUGACAAGUGUGAAUUUAUCUAAAUCAAUUUGAUUCCCUCAGAAUAGAAGUCAAUUACAAAUCCUGUAAAAACGGCCAAAAAUUGAUAUAAUUUUUAUUUCACUCGUAUAAUUCUGUUAUAGAGAUCGUUGCAGUUGACCGGUGAAAACAUGUUAUCUUUGUGUAAAUUUGGAAAAACAUUGUGUGCAUUUCAAAAAUCAACCCUUCAAUCAAAAGGAUUUAUCUCGCAAAUAAAUCAAUUUCGAUGUUUGUUUUCGGCUAGAGAAUUAGGAAUUGAAGGAUACGAAAAGGGUAGAAGAGAUGCUGAAAAUUUUGUGACAGAUCCAUACAAAUACAAGCGAAAAUUUCACCUUGAUUUUGGAAAUGAACCUGAUUUUCCAAAGUUCGAAAAUGGCUUGAAACGUUUACUUUUCGUCAUGGAAAAAGAUGAUAACGACAUCAACAUACUAAAAGACGCAUUGUACACACUGAUACGAAAGCAGAAAGAACACUCUGGUUACAAGUAUAUCUUUGGUCCAGUUAUAAUGCGUGUGUUAUAUUAUCUGAAUCUUCCUAUUGUGGCAAUCGAGUUUUUAGAUGACAAAUUGAUUGGCCAACUGUUUACCGAAAUCACCGGUCAUCAAGUCCUAUUAGAUUUAUUAUACGAAAACAAAAUGUACGAGACACUUUUGCGCGUUCGAGAGAGUCGACCCUUUGAGAGUAAAUACAUUGAUGCUCUUGUUCUGGCGGCAUAUUAUCGUAUAAAUACUCCCGAGGCUCUGGACAAAGCCUUCGAUUAUUGGAAGAAAAUGGAAGAAAUACAAGUUAAACAUCCAUUUCGCAAGAGUUUAACAUUCGUUGCUGGGAUGGCUGUGAAACACAAUCGACCGGAAAUCGCUUUGGAAGUUUUGGAAUGUAUUUUUAAAGAUUUUCAUGUGACGGUGCGUCAAAUCAAAUUAUUGGCAUGGUGUCAAUUGGGACGAUUUGGCAAAAUCACAGAUAUGUUUCGAACAAUUAUAAAACGUCACAAAGAAUUAAAUCGAAACGAUGAAUAUACAUCACUAGAAGUUCUUGACAAAAUUGAAAAAUCGCUUGAUCAAAAUGGUCCGGAAUUGAAAAAGUUUCUUGCAUUACGUAAAGAAAUCAAAUCACUGGGACUGAUAACAGAGGAGACACUUGACGAUAUGCUGUGUGCACCAUUUCCCGUUAAAUUACAAUCAAACCAAUAUCACAGAAAUAAAUAGAAUUUCAUUAAUUCGGUGUAAAUGUAAAAUUGAAUGUUGUAGCAAAUAACUUUUGAAAAAAAAAACGGAACAUUAUUUCCAAUUU